ACCAGAACGACGCGUCACCAGUGUAGGACGUGAAGAUGGACCACGUUUUGCUCUGUGUGCUGGAUUUCCUGAUUCUCAGUUUUCUCUGCUGUGGAAACUCUCAAGAGGCAACAGAGUCAGUCCUGACUGUGUCUCCAUCAUGGCUGAGUCCUGGAGCCUCAGUGACUCUGAGCUGUGAGGUUAAAGAUUCAUCUGCAGGAUGGAGGUUCUACUGGUAUAAAAUUGUUCCUGAUCUGUCACAGAACAACUACAGAUAUGAGCUGCUGCCUGGUAGCAUCAGUGGGACUGUAGAGAACUCCUUCAUCAUUACUGGACAGAAACACACAGCAGGAUUUGCAUGUAGAGCUGGAAGAGGAAACCCAGAGGAUUUGACUCAUUACAGUGAACCAAAGUUCAUCUGGUCUGCAGAUUCUCAUCCAGCAGCGUCUCUCUCAGUGAGUCCUGACAGAGAGCAACACUUCACCUCUGAGUCUGUGACUCUGAACUGUGGAGGAAACUCUACUGAGUGGAGAGUGAAGGUGUUUAUAAAAAACUCUUAUGGGCUGAUAGGUUUUUGGGAUGAAGAUGAUGAAAUAACCUCUGAACACCAGUUGUCAGAUUGCUCCAACUUGUGGAUGAUGACUGGUUCCUCAUGUACCAUUAACAGUCACCGGUCCCAUGAAGCAGUGUACUGGUGUGAAUCUGUAUCAGGAGAGUUCAGCAAUGCAGUCAACAUCAGCAUAAAUGAGGCACCAGAUUCUGUCCUGACUGUGUCUCCAUCAUGGCCGAGUGCUGGAGCCUCAGUGACUCUGAGCUGUGAGGUUAAAAAUUCAUCUGCAAAAUGGAGGUUCUACUGGUUUAAAGUUGUUCCUGAUCUGUCACGUGUCAGGUACAGACCUGAGCUGCUACCUGGUAGCUUCAAUGGGACUGUAGAGAACUCCUUCAUCAUUACUGGACAGAAACACACAGCAGGAUUUGCAUGUAGAGCUGGAAGAGGAAACCCAGAAUAUUUGACUAAAUACAGUGAACCAACAUUUGUCUGGACCACAGAUUCUCAUCCAGCAGCUUCUCUCUCAGUGAGUCCUGACAGAGAGCAACACUUCACCUCUGAGUCUGUGACUCUGAACUGUGGAGGAAACUCUACUGAGUGGAGAGUGAUGGGGUUUAGAGAAAUAACCUCUGAACACCAGUUGUCAGAUUGCUCCAAAUCGUGGAAAAUGACUGGUUCCUCAUGUACCAUUAAUAGUCUCCAGUCCCAUAAAGCAGUGUACUGGUGUGAGUUUGGAUCAGGACAGAUCAGCAAUGCAGUCAACAUCAGCAUACAUGAUGAAGAUCUUCUCCUGGUGAGCCCCGUCCAUCCUGUGACUGAAGGAGCUUCUGUUACUCUGAGCUGCAGAAUCACAGGACUAAACCAACUUUCUAAUGUGUUUUUCUAUCAUAAUGACAAACUGAUCCAAAAUGACAGCAGAGGAGAGCUGAAUAUCUCUGCAGUGUCUCAGUCAGAUGAAGGUUUCUACAAGUGUGAACAUUCAGGAAAAGUUUCACCUCAGAGCUGGAUGGCAGUUAAAGCUGCCUCCAGACCUGGAAGCUCUUCUUUCCCUGUUCUGUUGUUCGUCGGAUCAGUGAUUGGAAUCAUCGUUCUGAUUCUCCUGCUGCUGAUUUGUUACGUCCAAAAGCCAAAAUGUUGUGGUUCAGAGCAGCCAGUCGGUCAGGAUGAACAUCUGCAUCAAGUUUACUCCUCUCUCCUACAUGGUGACCUUCGUGUCUAUGAAACAGCCAGAGGCCCUGAAAACUCUGGAAAUGGGCAACUUGAUGAAUCAGAGAAGAUCUCUGACAAAGUUGAUGCAACUUCAGAAUGAAAAAGAAAAGUCCAUGGAAUGAAGUUCAUCAGAACCAUAACAGGAAAAUCUAAAUUUACUCACCAUCAGAUGUUUUCCUGUAACAUCUCUCUGUCAUGCAAAAAAAGAGGAUAUAUAUAUACAUGUUUUUUAUAUUUGCUUUUUGAUUUUUCUUAGUCAUGUAUAUUAUGUUUUGCACUUGUUGUCAAUAUAGGGAAUCAGAGUUUUCUGUAGCUUUACUGGCAUUUUUUUAUUUUAUCUUAUAUACAAUCAAACGAAUCGUCCACAGCUGGUGCCUGAACUACCGAAGCCUUUUUAGAGCCUGACUGUAAUGGAGUGAUAGCGCCAUCCAGAGGACAGUAGUAAUAUGGCCGAUAGUCCAUGUAAUACAGCAAUAGUAAAUAAGGGCUAAUUGUAAACUGUGGUCAAAGUGUAACACACAGUAUGUAUAUUCUGUGUAUAAUCUUCUUUUGUGCAAACUAUUUACUACUUAAAUUCUCUCCUACAACGAUCUAGUUCUGCCUACACUUUACACUCCAACGUUUUUCUUGCUCCUGUGUUUGAGCAUAAAAAGGGAAUCAAACAUUUAGUGUGACGGCUCCUACAGAAAGGAAUCAGCUCCGGUUUGUGUCAUUGCUUUUAACUGUUUUGUAUUUUGUUUUAAAACUUGUGCAUAUGUUUGCAUUUCUUUUACUUUUCUGUAACCAGCUUGUUGUGUGUUGCAGAUUUCUGCCCAGGUUCCUGUUGAAAAUGAAAUCUGGAUCUCAAUGGGGUUUUUACCUGGAUAA